UGCCGCUCGCGACGCUCGUGUCGUGAGGCGCGACGACGCCGAACCUCCGACAUCGCGAAAAAAGUUUUCGCCCGACACACGAAACUUUCCUAGACUUUCCUUUCAACCCGCACAUUGUUGAAUUGGAACAGUCUAUUUUGAACCCGGCGAACGCGAAAAGUGACCUUCUCAAACCGGAAUUCGGUAUCCUCCGGAACGGGUUUAGUCUCGGACCCCGCCGUGCCAGGACUUUCGUGAAGUGCUAACUUGAUUUUCAUAGUGGUGUGUUCAGUGUGAGUGACUGGAUUCUACGCUUAACACGGAAGGCCGGACGUUGUCCCAACACUUUUAAGGUUGGCUUCAAGUAAAAGUGCUGUUAAAAAUUUCAAGCAUGCCGCCCCCCGUGUAAGGCAUGAGCGGUCGCGGAGCGGGGGGGCAGCGCUGCCAGCUGAUACUGCAGCGUUGCCUCGCGAUACAACUCAGCAAGCCAGGCAACGCGCCCGAUGACUUCUGGAUGUAUGAGUCUGGAUAUCUGCUGUUUCAGAGUUUUCUAUCAGCGAAUGCAAAAUGUUGGUGGGCGGGAGCCCUAGCGGCUGCGACGGCGGAGCUGAGGUACGCUGGCUACGUGUCUCCGGGAGUGCUGCUGGUGGCCGGAGCCCCCAGGGCACUGGAGACAGUCCGAGGGGCUUACGCCCGAUCCGUGCUGAAACCGCCGCCCACUUACCUCAUAUGUGGACUCGGAGACAUCGAGGACUGCAUAGUGACGCCUGCGUAUCAAGGCCAGUUCACUCCACUGCCAGAAGCUCUGUGUGACUGCAUCAUGGACCUGACGUCACAGGGACAAUCAGCAACGUUGGAAAGCAUACGAACAUCGCUAUCAGCAAAGUUCCCAUCGAUGCAAACACCAUCACAGGAGGUUGUGUACGACACGCUCGCUCAGCUGAUGCAGGAGAGGAAAAUAUACCAAACAUCGAGGGGCUUCUUUAUAGUCACGCCUGAACGCCGUCGCUCCCGAUCCAGAUCAUCUUCUCGUCACCACGCAAACAGCAUCGAGGAUGACUGUCCUUCACCCCGUACUAUACUGAUGUCGGACCAAGAGGCAUUACACCAACUUUAUGGAGAAAUCACGACCCUGCGAGAUGGAGCGGUGACGCACCAAUGUGUGCAGACCAACCUGGCUGAUGUCAUCUGUGGUGGCAAUCCCAACGACAAAAUCCUGUAUGGUCGUCCAAACAAGAGACGGAGUGCGUCAUUCCCUGCUCCUCGGUCCUUAGACCGGCGGAACUCGUUGCGGAUCUUCGGCUCCUCCAGCAAGUACCUGCAGAGGUGUGCCUCAACCAGAAGCCUUCAUCACAAGAACGCCAACACCACCGACAGCUCGUCGUCCACCGAUUACCCGCCGAGCGUCGAAUCUGCGUCACCUAAGAAAGUGUCCCUGCUGUCCCGCUUAUUCAGACGAAGCGGCCGCAGCAAGCAGACGCGCGCGAUGAGCACCUUCUCUGCGCAGUUCCCGCCUACGGAGUGGUUCAACUCCAAGGCGGUGCACCUACACUGCGUCGCCACACAGACCAACUCAAAGGAGUCAUUGCAGAGUCAAACAUCUUUCGUCUCAUCAUACUACGACGGUUCGGAGAUCAGUAAUCGGUCGUCAACACUGCCAAGGCGGCACAAGCGCCACCUCUCCACGGAGUCGGGACUGGCGGGCUCUCAUUACGAUCACUCGCCCGUCAGGCACUCCAGCCCCAGCUCUGGCAGCUUACCACGCUCCACUCUAAGCAGGAGUUCCACCAAUAAAACCAUCCUCGAUCACUUCGGGUCACCACAAAGAAAUAGCGAUCCCAAACUAAGAGACAGUCCAAGCGGAAGCCUCAGGAGGGUGGAUUACUCCAAUUCAGACCACAUCAUGUCAACUAGUGGUCCUUCCAGUUUAGAAAGUACUACCACACACCCACAACGCACACCAAGAAAGGACGUCAAAAACGGUCAGUUAGACCAAAACUCUCCAAUGAAACGGGGCUACAACACUAGCGGGAGUAGCGGCCAUUCCAGUUUAGAGUCCCACAUAUCUGACCGCACGUUAAAGCCUUCGCCUAGUCAUAGCAACGCACACGGAGCCCCCGGCCUUAGCAGAGCACAGUCACUCGUCAAAGUACAGAGCUUACAGAGUUCGCCAAAGAGCCUGCACAAAUUCAGAACCAAACCACCCAUGGUCGGUGGUGAAACGGUAAAAAACGGUAACACAUCACCCAAAAGUUCGCCAAAAAACUGUCCAAGCACACCCAAAAAAACCGCAACCCCGCUGCAUAAAACCUUGGGGACUAAGGUAGAAAACCCGUCGACGACGAUGUUGGCCAGCUCUAAUUCUAACAAUUCUAUCACGCUAAAAGUUACCACAAAUACUAUCUCUCAGAACGGUGGUGGUACUAACACCAAAGUUUAUGUACAAAAUUCGCCAGUAAGGUCCGUUAUUACUUUUGAAAAUGGCAAAGUCACCGAGACUUCAAAUGGGAGCAAUAUUUACAUCAUCAACGACGAUAGGCAGGUCGUCUCCGUGUCACAGAACGGAGUGCAAAAUAAAACUGCAAAAAACCCAACUGAAACCUCAUUUGAUGUUUGUGUAGAAAAGAAUAAACAGAUGUAUCAGCAAGAGGAACCGAUAAAAGUCCAAGAAAAUAAGUUCAAUAAGAAUUCAAUUAACGACGCGGGUAUGAACAAUAAUCGUAAGCUAUCGUUGCAAAUUGGUGGUGCGACUAACAACAAUAGUUUUGUGUAUAAAAAUCAAUUAAAUAAUACGAACGAAGUUGCAUCCAAUCCUGCUUCUCCAGCCAUUCAUAACAAUAUAAAUAAUUUGGAAACUACUGCAAAUAGUAUUCCUUCAACGCCAACUAAAAGUUACGAUAACAUUAUAGGAUCGUUGGGAAGUUUGAGGUACCAGAAGAACUCGUUGUCUUCAGCCAACAGCGGGAUACAACCGAAUAUAAAUUCAAAUAGCGAGCUGAAAAGCGUCGACUUGCUAAAAAAGGCAGCAGCGUUACAAAUGUUGAACGGACUCCCUAAUGUAAAUAACAGGGUGAGCUCGGAUUCCAUAGCGAAUAUGCUAACGAAAGCUAUCGACCAGAAACCGACAGUGCUGGGAUCCGAGCCGAACUUAGCACUGAAGAACCAAGAGCCUAUAAAGGACAUAAACACGUCGGUAGAGAAAUUGAAUUGCUUGGAAAACAAACAGAAGAGGUACAGCCUGAGCCAAGAGAGCAAGAAGGAAAACCAGGAUUUCUAUAAUUUUCCGAGUUUAAGCGAUUUGAGCUUUAAUUUCACUAGUUUAGCAGCGCAAAAGAUAUUGAAAGGCGUCAGUAUCAAUAGCGUCGACACGCUUGUCGAGUUGAACAUGGCUGCCAACAACUCGGAGAAGCAGAAUAAUCGUGAUGUCGCCGCUGUGUGCACGGACUUUGGCCUUGUAUAGCAAUUAUCAUAUAUUUUUUGUUGUAAAAUGUACAAUAGUAGACAUAACACUAUGAUGUAAGAUAGUAAUAAAACUUAUUCAUAACUACAUUGUAACACGCUUUAGAUACGCAAUACCUUCGUACGUUAAGUUCAAAAAUGUUACUCGUUUAAGAUUUUGUACUCCCUACUUACGGAAUUUAUCUCUUAAACACAUUGUAUCCCCUAUUAUUAAAAUUUUGUUUGUCUUUACUAACUUAUUAUCAUCGAAAGUAUCAACGUAGAAAUUAUUUAACACAGUAUUCAUAAAAUGUAAUCGUAAAUGAAUAAUCGGAAAAUUCUUAGUUUGUAGCUCACUUUAAAUUAUCGAGACAAUAAAAUAGUAACACCUGUGAGAACAAAAAGUGGCCUAAAACUGCCUAAUUACGUGGGAAAUUAGUGCCUAAUUCGAUUGUAAUAGAAUUGUAAUUGAAAUGUAGCCAUAUUGUAGUUUCACUAUCUUAGUAAAUAUGCGGCUCUCACGCUAUUAGAUAACCUGUAUUAAAUGAUCCCCUCCACAGCACUUCUGUUCGUGCCAUCAAAGUAAUAUUUCCAGUGAAAAAGUCGAGUACAAACUAGAAUACCUAACUCCAACAGAUUCCAUCCAACAAUGGGAAUUUAUAGGAAUGAUUUGUAAAAUGUAUGUCAUGUAUUAAGUGCCAUAAAACCAUAGUAUUACAUAAUGCGGGCGAAAUAUGGAAUGGGAAGCGGUAUUUGAUUGAUCAUUACAUGUCUUAAGAAUUUUGCUAUAUAAUUGUGUAUGAAAGCAAUGGGUAUUUAUUCAUAGGGAACAUAAUCUGAAGUCAUAUCGCAAUUAGUUUAAUUCAGUAAUAACGCCAUUUGUAAAAAUUUAUUAACAAUAUAAGAUGAUGCUUUAAAUAAUGUCGUUUUAU